AUUUCAAGGUAAGUGGCGGGAAAGAGACAUUUUGAGGCGAGAGAGGGAAUCAAAGAGGAAGGGGACAGGACAAUCUAGACCAUCGGCUUCACCCAAGUCACUUUCUGCGCUUAACGCUGUCGUGUUGGUAUUCGCUGUGACUUACUUUACGUUGGCGUUUCUAUUUUAAGCGAAAAGGAAAGAAAUUCCAUCAUGUUUGAAGCGAAACUCGUCCAGGGAAAUUUAUUGAAGAAAUUGAUCGAUGCGAUCAAAGACUUGGUUGAUUCUGGCAAUUGGGAUGCCAGUGGAAGUGGUCUUAUGUUGCAAGCCAUGGACAAAUCUCACGUUAGUUUAGUGUCCGUGCAGCUCAAUAGUGAUGGCUUCGAGACUUUCCGAUGUGACAGAAAUUUGACGAUGGGAAUCAACAUAAACAGUAUGUCUAAAAUAAUGAGAUGUGCAGGAAAUGAUGAUUUUGUAACACUGAAGAAAGCAGAUGAAUCCGACACGAUUACCUUUGUUUUUGAAUCUCAGAAUGGUGACAAAGUUUCAGACUAUGAAGUGAAAUUAAUGGAUAUAGAUGCAGAGACCUUGGGAAUUCCUGAUCAUGAAUACAACUGUGUGAUAAAAAUGCCAAGUGGAGAGUUGCAGCGAAUCUGCAGAGACAUGAGUCAACUAGGGGAUUCUGUGGUCAUUACAUGCACGAAGGAAGGUGCAGUAAGGUUUAGUGCUUCAGGAGAUAUCGGCUCAGGUAAUGUCAAGUUGGCCCAGACUUCAAGUGCUGACAAGGAAGAAGACAAUGUGACAGUGGAACUCAACCAGGCCUGCUCAUUGACAUUUGCUCUUCAGUACCUCAACCAUUUUGCAAAGGCUACUCCCCUCUCCCCUCAAGUUACUCUUAGUUUGUCAGAAGAUAUGCCAUUAGUGUGUGAGUACAAGAUUGGAGAUCUGGGGCAUAUUCGUUAUUACCUCGCACCCAAGAUAGAGGAUGAUGAGCAGACAAAUUAAUGCCGAGGAUUGAACAUUCUGGACAUUUUAUGCCUGCAAGCUGUCCUUUAAAGGACAAUUCAUGAACUCAGAUCAUCUGAACAUAUUCCAUCAUGUAUAAAGUAGCAUAGUAAUAAGAACUUCCCUGUCCAUGCAAGUGCUUUAGGUUAGGUACAUGAAAUGCUCCCAUCUGUUUAUACAUUCAGUCUACAAUAUCACCCCUAUAAAAUCCUCAUUUGUCACAAGAAACUUGUACCUACACCAGUUAAGCAAAUUUUGGAGAACUCCAACAAGAUUGUGUUGAAUGCAGCUAUUGUGUAAUUAACUGUUAAGGAUAAAUAAAUUUUUUGUAUUUAAAUCUGUUAUUUUUACGCAAAGUAAUGCAUAAACUAUUAACUGUCACUAUGCGCUGUUAUUAAUAUACAUGUAUCUGGCGCCAGAAAUCCACUAACUACUAUGCUACGUAAUUCCGAAGUUACUCUAGUACAGCUUGUGAUUUUGCAAGUCAGGUGAGGUCAGGUCAGGUGGUAUAUUUCCCUUUUUCCAGCAACGUGGAGAAAGUCGUGGGUUUAAGUAUUUCAGCGUAUGGCAUUAAACAGCAGUCCGUUAAAUUCGUAAAGCAAUGGUUAUUGGUGAAUGUUCAGAUUCAAAAGAACUUUCAAAGAGUUAUUAAAAAACAAAUAUAAAUUAAUUCACUGAAAUAGUGCUUCAUCUUGGUAGCAUAUUUGCCAAGUGGCCUAGAGCGUCGGUUGUCUGUAUAAAUAAGGUGAUUUCUCAUCACAUUGCAACUGUUGCGUCGUACCUCGAGCGUUGGGCAUUCAAUAACCGGGAAAGCAAUGCUAAGAUAUUACUGUUAAGGUGUAGUAUAUGCAUGUAUUGUUUCAGUUUCACAUACGUGUAGAUUACGGUAAGAACAGGGGAUGUUUUGUAGUUGAUGAAUGUGUGUGUGUACGCACACGUACUGACUCGGAGUCAUGUCUGAGAAAUUAAUUAAAACAAUGCCCCAAGCGUACGUACA